UAAGGCUCAGCUGGACAGGGUGCUGGGCCAUCUUGUCUAGACUGUGCUCUUGCCCAGAAAGGUUGGACAGAUGAUCCUUGAAGUCCAUUCCAACCUGGGAUUCUAGGAUUCUGAAAUACAACCCAGCUGACAAACAACACGUGAGUCGAAACCUAAACUCAUGGAGGUUGCUGUGAACAUCAACGUGGUUCAUCUGUGACGUUUCCCUGCAUUAUCAUUCAGUUUAUUCUGGAGCCUUUAGGAACACCACAGAACCAGGACUUGUCAGGGAGGCAGACUGUGCAGCUGUGAAGCGGAGGCUGUUCAGCCGUGAUAUCCCCUUGAUCCCCUGGCUCUCCUCCAGACAGUCAUGGUGACCAAAUAUUGGUUUUUAUUCACAGCCCUCACGCCCGAGGGCAGAGAACAAGCACAAGCCGAAUGGUGCAAAGUAACCAAGAUUCGGACAUUUCUCUUCUCAACAUUAAUCAAGGGAUCACUUGUCUAACUUCGGGAGUGCUGAACCCUCAGCUUGGUUACGAUUGUCUGCUGGUGGGAACACAAACUAAUUUAUUGGCUUACGAUGUAUACAACAACUCAGAUUUGUUUUACAGAGAGGUUUCAGAUGGAGCCAAUGCCAUAGUUCUUGGAAAGCUGGGAGAUAUUUCAUCGCCACUUGCUAUUAUUGGUGGAAACUGUGCCCUGCAGGGCUUCGAUUAUGAAGGAAACGACCUUUUUUGGACAGUUACCGGAGACAACGUUCGCUCCUUAGCACUGUGUGACUUUGAUGGUGAUGGCAAAACUGAGCUUCUUGUUGGCUCUGAAGAUUUUGACAUCCGGGUGUUUAAAGAAGAUGAGAUCGUGGCAGAGAUGUCAGAGACAGAGACGAUUACUGCGCUUAGCCCCAUGUAUGGCAGUCGGUUUGGCUAUGCUCUCUCUAAUGGGACGGUUGGAGUUUAUGACAAGACAGCCCGCUACUGGAGGAUUAAGUCUAAGAACCAUGCAAUGAGCAUACAUGCAUUUGACCUGAACUCUGAUGGUGUCUGUGAGUUGAUCACUGGCUGGUCCAAUGGAAAGGUUGAUGCACGCAGUGACCGAACUGGGGAGGUCAUCUUUAAGGACAACUUUGCUUCCUCAAUUGCAGGAGUGGUGGAGGGGGAUUACAGAAUGGAUGGGAGCACCCAGUUAAUCUGCUGUUCAGUUGAUGGCGAAGUCCGAGGCUAUCUGCCAGGAGGGGAGGAGAUGAAAGGAAACCUAAUGGAUACAAGCGCUGAGCAGGAUCUGAUCCGAGAACUUAGUCAAAAGAAACAAAAUCUGCUGCUGGAAUUAAGAAAUUAUGAGGAAAAUGCAAAGGCUGAACUGAACGCUCACUUGAAGGAAGCGGAUGGGCAGAGAGGUGUGAUUCCAGCGAAUACCCAACUCCAGACAGCCCUCUCGGUUAAUCUGGGCUCUGACAGCCAGUCUGCCCACGUGGAGCUGUGUAUUUCCACCACAAAUGACACAAUCAUCCGUGCUGUGCUGAUCUUUGCUGAAGGCAUAUUUGAAGGAGAGAGCCAUGUGGUACACCCCAGUCUCCAGAACCUCUCCGGUUGUGUUCGUGUUCCCCUUACUCCACCCAAAGAUGUCCCUGUGGAUUUGCACAUCAAAGCCUUUGUGGGUUACAGGAACAGCACACAGUUCCAUGUAUUUGAGUUGACAAGACAGCUUCCCCGCUUUUCCAUGUACGCCCUGAGCAGCUCGGACUCGGCCACGGAGCCGCUGAGCUUUGUCAACUGUACAACGAAUGAGAGGCCGCAAAGGGUUGUUAUGUGGCUGAAUCAGAGCUUCUUGCUACCAGAGGAUGCAGAGUUUCAGAGCGCUCCCUUUCAGGUUUGCUUCACUUCCCUUCGUAAUGCAGGACAGCUCUGCCUCAAAAUCAAACCUGGCGGAGAGAUUUCCAUCAACACAGAUGAUAUUGAUCUGGCUGGUGACAUUAUCCAGUCCAUGGCCUCCUUUCUGGCCAUUGAAGAUUUGCAAGUGGAAGCAGAUUUCCCUGCCUACUUUGAGGAGCUGCGGAAAGUGUUGGUCAAGGUGGAUGAGCACCACUCAGUGAAUCAGAGGCUCACUGCUGACAUGGCCGAACGCUCCAACCUCAUCCGCAGCAUGCUAGUUCAGGCGGAAGACGCACGACUCCUGGGAGACAUGAAAAACAUGAAGACACGGUACAUCGAGCUGUAUGAUCUUAACAGAGAUUUAAUAAAUCAAUACAAAAUCCGUUGCAACAAUCACACGGAGCUGUUGAAUAAUCUGAAAGCUGUGAAUCAGGCAAUCCAAAGAGCUGGGCGGUUACGUGUCGGCAAACCUAAAACACAAGUGAUCGGUGCUUGUCGGGAUGCAAUAAGAAGCAACAACUUCAGCAUGCUCUUCAGGAUAAUGCGGGUGGGAACAGCCUCUUCUUGAAGUGACUGGAGGCGGAGCAGUUGCACGGAGGCAGCGUUGCCGUGCAGCUGGCAGAUAACAGACCAGUAAUGACCCACGGUUAAUUCAGUCCCCUGCUCCACCGUAGGGUGAAGUAACUGCAAAGGUAGCAUUUUAGUUAAGCCAUCAGGUAAGAAGUGUUGUUAUGGAGGCCAAAGCUUUGUCAAGAAAGCAUCCGAGUUUAAGCGCAGAUGUGGUAUUUAUGCAAGACAGAGGUGGGACCCUAGAACAGUUAUUUUUCUUACGGUAACUUAAUUUAUGUAUUUUAAUAUAUUUUGUAGUUAAGGCAUUGGCCUUUUCCAUUAAAAUAUAGACUGGCUUGACUGCUUUUGCUCUGAUUUAGCUGGGGAGGUGCGUAUGGCUAAGUGUGUUUUUUGGGGGGGAAAAAACCAAACUGCUUCUCUGGUUUUGCUGCGUAACCUCUGCGUGCACUAAACACUUCAGCUCUCUGUGUCAGAGAAUCCCGGGUUUCAUGAUGGGGAUGUGCUGCUUUCUAGGUAAACUGCCAUUUUUAGAAGCACCAAAGGGAUAACAUCUCCCUGCUGGCUCUUAAAGCCAGAAGAUCUUUGAAAGCCGUCCAGUUCCACGAUCUACGCAGGUAGGAAGUGGUCUGUUCCAUACCUGACGCUCUCCCCACACCUGGAUUGCAGGAAGUUUUGCUUCCAGCUACUGGUUCUGCGCUGCUGCUGGAAAAAAAUGUGGAUACUGAGGUGGACAGGGGUGCAUUUCGCCAAUGACAAAACCAAACUACACCCAAGCCGGUGCAUACUUACAAAGAGCUGGCAGUACUUAAUGGGAUCAAAAGAAGGUAUUGAAAACACCUCUUUGGCUCCUGCUCAAACCUGUUUAAUAAUUGUGGGAUCUCUUAGAAUUGGAUAAAAUAUAAAACAUGGCAAAGCCAUAUCUUAGAUCUACAAAUACUUUAGAACCUUUGCCAAAGCAAAUUUCUUCCAGAAGCUAAAAAUACCCUGCACAGGCUGGAGGUUGGGCCCCAGUGCUCGCAGCUUCUGCCACUGUUCAGUGCAGCUACUGCUGCAUGGGUGGGUGUUUGCAGCGUGGGCGGGCAGGAGGCAGUCGGCCACCAUGAAGCAAAGUUUUCGGGCAGCUUCUUGGGGCUGUCGGGGGUAUUCACCUCCUGCAACGGGUCUGUCUCUUACUUGCUACUAUGGAAUUAAAGCCAGCGGCCCACCAUUUGCUACAGAGUGACUGGUCAGCAUGCAGCCAGUUGAACAGGGAACAUAAUUCUUGCGGUGUGUUUUAAUCCCCAAAACAGCCACUGCUUCGGCCCCUUCAAUACGGAGAACUGUGCUGCCAAAAGCACAGAUCUCUGUCACUUCAGACCUGCAGCAGGAGCUCGUUUGAAUCCUUUGAAGAACAUGGUUGUUAGUCAAAUCCAACUCCUUAGUGAGAGGCUGCUGAGCCACCCAUGCUGUUCUAAGCAAGCGAGCUUUAGGGCUUGAUUAUGGAACAGUCUCUUGGCACAAGCUCUGGGCUUUCUGCCACCUGCUAUACCUGUUCCCACUGUUUCAACCUCUUGUUCUUUAUGUUUAGAAUCCUAAUGCUUAUAUCUGUGUAGUCUGUUCAAUGACAAGAGCGUGGCUCUGACCAGAAAGCACCUUUCCCAUCAGCCUGAUUUUCCAGCCCCACACACCAGGCACUUCCAGCCCCAGCUCUGUUUUGCUCUGGGCAGUGAGCUUGGUCCUUUGGUCACAGUCCAGACCUCUGAUAAGGCUGGUUUUCCCCUAGCUAAGGUUUCUGACAACAAUUUGUCAUUCAUUUUCCCAUUAAAAGCAACUUUUAUCUUACCUUAUCUUAUGCCCAAAUGUAAAACCCAUGUCCUGUAAACUGAAGCGAUACAAGAUUUGCAGUUGCCUGUAGAAAUGAAGCAGCCCUUGGCUGGUGUGCAGCAGCCAGCUGACGUGAGCUGAACCUGUACCGAGAGAUCAGUGGCAAAUGGUCCCCAGCCCAGGACUAAUGCCUAGUGAAUCCCGCUCUCUGGCAUGGGAACUGGUCGCAGCAGGUGAAGCUGCUGGUCAAGUACAGAACAACCUCUGAAACCACACCAGUAGAGCUGUGCAUCGCUAAAAAUCCAUGGGCAAGGCUGCUUGGACGGCACCACGCCUUGGUACACGUGCUGGGGAUCAGGUCCAGGCCACUGUCCUGCCAGUUUGGAGUUUACACAAACCCAAACAAUUGGAACUGACGCUUGACAACAGGUUUAUCUGCCUUUAGCCCCUGUUUCUCCACAUCCUGUGGAUCGCUGCUCGAAUUAAUACCAAUUCACUGAAUGCCCGAUGUCAGAACUUUACUGCGUGCUUAAGAAUGCAGAAACUGUUCCUUCCGCCUGGUCUACAGCUAAACUGUUUUACUCUGCUCCGUAUUGAAUUGUUCCUGUUCUCAGCCAAUUGGCAAACCGAUAACCACCAAAUCCCCCAAAAUUUGUUGGGAAGCAUUUGCGUAACUCGGCACUUCAGUAACUGGAAGCUGCUGGUACCCAGCACCGAGUGCCAGGCUUGGGAGGUGCAGUUGGCUGGUGGGAAACCUACAUCCUGGUACCACCUACCUGGUCCCCGUCUGUGCGAGGGGUGAAGUUUCUGUUCACUGCUGCUCACGCUCCGUAACUGUUCGCUUAACUGUUCUUGAGCCUAUUUUUCUGUAUUGUCCUGCUUACUUGUUUUAUGGGUACAUACAUAUUUCAUGCUCCUCUCCAUAGAUCAGAGUACUUUGCAAGUGGCUUUACCUAAUUGUAAAUGCAGAUUUAUACCCAGCAAUGGAUAUAUAUGUAUGUAUCUCCAUAAAAAUGUAGAUGGACCAUGUAUGGAGAGGGGUCCAUUAUCAGUGCAGGCUAAAUGAAGCCCCCUCUCCCCAAGUCGCUCACGUCGCUUGGAAUUUGGGCAAGCGGAGUCUUUCCCUUGUACCUGCCGCGUGUGGGGGCUGCCAUUGGCUUUCAGGACCGAACAGGAAGGGUGGGAGAGCAGAGCAGAGAUGUGUUGAUUUUUAAAUCUUUGAAUGCUAACUGCAAAUCUGGCCUCUUAAAUUACUUCAUCUCAGUCACCACAGGCAGAAGGGUGGUUCCGUGUGUGAGCAGAUAGAUAUGGGCUGGCUCAAGUAGAGGCUGGUAUGCCCUCUAGUGUGUUAUUUAUUAUGAAAAAGCAGGAAGCUUCAGAGAGCCCAGCUUCUUCCCAGCCUUCUGGGAGGUUGUUCCAAGAUCUACCAAGCAGGCUCUCACGUUGGCAAUGCAGCAGAAUAAGUAACUUCGUUUUGUUAAUUAAUUUAUUCCGACCUUUGCCUGGCUAUGCUGUGAAUAGCUGUGGUAUCUGUCACCUUUGUUCCAAACAAUUCACAGAAUCCCAGCAUGGCAGGGGUUGGCAGGGCCCUCCGGAGAUCACCCAGUCCAACCCCCCUGCUCAA